CGACUUUAUCAUAUAGAUGAGAGUCACUUCAGCAAGCUGCGAAGCCUUAGAUCGGUUGUUGCUUCACUACUCUGAGCUGAGACGUCAUAAGUUAGUUUGCCUCUCCAUUACAGUGAGCUGAGACACCCCAGUAAUGAUUGUCUUCCAGGCUACAUGGAACACAACCACUCAAAACCCACAUUGUGUUCCAUGAAGGUGACAUUGCUGUGAGCAACACUGAGAUAACAGCAUCUGGAUCCUCCUACAAGAUGGGCGGGAUGCUGGGCAAACGAGGAUCUCUGGUAGUUGACCACAGUAUGGACGAGGUUCAGCUCCACAACAUGGGCAGAGGAUCCCUCAAGCGUGGUUCCGUUUCUACCAUCACCACCACCGGGAAUGAUCCACCAAUCUAUGAGAGCUGCCUCAAGGGACAGCUUGAGACGCCCCAGGAGAAGAAGGCUCGAAAGCGAUCUCACAAGAUCGUCUAUUGUUUGAUAUUUGUCCAAUCUAUCAGCAUCUCUAUCAGUCUCGGUGUCUGGCCCUAUCUUCAUGAGGAGCUGGUGCCAUCACUGACGAAGAAAUCUCUGGCAUGGGUCGGAGCAGCCAAUCCUUUCGGGAUGAUGGUGGCUGGGCCUCUCUUUGGUAUCUGGGCCAACAAGACUGGCAGUAUCAGACCCCCCUGUAUUGCUGCAGCGAUUAUGUUUAUUACCGGCAACGUCAUGUUCGCGCUACUCGGCGCCUUCAAGGGAUUAGGAACAAUGGCCCCUUACUACGGAAUGAUCGUCUCCAGGUUCACCCUUGGCGGCAGCUCAGGCACCGUAACACUGUGUUGGUCGUACUUGGCUUCCUCCACUACCGUGAAGAAGCGGACGCUGAGCCUCAACUUUGCCUUUAUCGGCCAGGCUUGUGGCUUGGUCAUCGGUCCAGUUAUCCAGUCACUGAUAACAAUGGCCCUUCCGGAGGAUAUCGACACGGCCGUAGACUGGUUCAAGUGGAACAAGUACACAGUAACAUCGUUUGUGAGUGCCUCCUUUGGUCUGGUCAUCCUGGUCAUCCUCCUGCCCUGUGUCUUCAAGGAAUACAACAUCUCGGAAAAGGAAGGAGCAAUGAUGACGAACUCCAACAGCCCUGAUGAGCAGUCCACCAAGUUUUCCAAGCUUGAUUACGGAGCUCUGGGUGGAAUUCUCUACGCUCGCUUCGGUAUUCUAUUCGUUGCAGUACUGACAGAAACCUUGGCUGUGCCUGUGGCCAUGGACCAAUACGCCUGGUCAGAAAACACGGCUAUGAUAAUGGUAGGCUCGGCUCUCAGCAUUGCUGGGGUCCUGAACAUUGCCGUGUACAUUCUUGGUGGCAUACUCUCAAAGAGGGUAGAUGAGAGACUUCUCUUUCUGGGUCUAGGUAUGCUUCCUGUUGUGAUAGGAAUGUUCCUUUUCAUUCCUUGGGGGAAAAAUAUCAUUCCUAUGCAAACGUGUGACACGGGGAAUGAAACCACAUCGUUUACAAGCGUUACCGAAACCACCACUAUUGCAGAUCUCGUUGGAGCUGGACCGUUAUCGUUAUCAGCUAACGAAGACAACCAACACUGCUCUGAAGGUUGCCCGGAAAUACAAGACUGGUGUCACCACACUCCCCAGUUACCGGAAAUACAAUUCAUGAUCGGUUUUUUCGUGGCUUUUAUAGGCUUCGCCAGCGCCCAAAGCUUCAUGGUGGGAAUAUAUUCCAAGAUGUUGGGCCCCAAACCUCAAGGCGUGUGGAUGGGAGUAAUUGGCGCCGCUGGUAGUUUGUCCCGCGUGUCAGGACCAAUUGUCGUCUCAUACGUGUACUUCGAACUGGGUACAAGAUGGUGCUUCGGUAUAUUGACUAUCGUGACAGCGGCGGCUUUACUAGGGACGACUUUACUUUAUCGUCGCCUAGUACCGAUGAGAGUGCUAAGCCAACGGGACAGCCAGGGCUAUGAUGGUCCCGGCGCUGAAGGGAAUAAAAUAUAAGGACUUCAUGUUAAUCUCAUAAUUUAGCUCUUGCUAUGUAUACGUACAAUAAAUACUUUAAAUAUUAACUGGUGA